CCUCAUCUUCGUCUCAGCAGCAUGUACCUCACCACGCUCCUCGAGGCCGUCGACGGCCAGGCGGACCGCCUCGAGAUGCUCCUGGCGCGUCGUCUGGCGCGACAGAACGCUGCACGCACGACCAGCGGCAGAGGCAAGCGCGCUGGCGCUCGGCAGGGCGAGAAGCAUGGGCCGCAGACGACGUUCGCUCGGGACGCGCCGCGAGCGUCGCUCAACCGCUUCGUGCUGCACACGCCUCUCGAGCUGUCCCCGUCCGAGUCUAGCACUUCCUCUCAACGCCGCUUGGCAACAUCAGCACCCGCACCGCGCUACUUCUCCUCCGCGUACGCCGAGCAGCUGCAGCAGUUCGCCUUCCAGCCCGAGCCCGAGCGCCGACGGCGGCCCGACACGGAGCGCAGCAUGCACCAGCUGCACGCACACGAUGCACUCGUGGCGCACCUGCGAGCCGCUGGCGUGCUGCGAGCGGCGCAGACGCACGUCACGUUUGCGCGCCUCGACCUUGGACUUGGCGCUCCGCUGCCUGAAGAGCCGCUCUCGUCGGCGUGGCAGCUCGACAUCGGCGGAGCAGCGCCGGCCGAGGGAGGCAAGCCACGCAGCGUGCCGAUGCAGCGCGAGUGCCCGCUCGUCGACGCUUGGGAGGGCGCCUGGCUCGGCAUCCUGCCGCUGGCGGCGGCGCACGAGACUCAGCAGCAGGCGCGCUGUCCCAUCAUGGGCACGCAGCGGCUGCGGCGCGCCAAGCUUUGACGUCCGGGGCAGCUUCUCACCUCGACUGCCACGCGAGCCCGCCCGACCACUCUGCCCUGCAUACCUCUUCCCGGCCUUUCCUCCUCGACUUGAAUGUCACCAUUGCGUCAC